AUGCCGCAGUCCGAGCCCGACGAGGAUGACUGGCGGCACAGGUUGGAGGCCAUGACAAGUGCCUUUACUCAAGAUACCCUGUCUCGAAAUGGAUACGACGAGGAAAAAUGCCGCAACGUCCUCGUCAGAUAUUGUGCACAUAUCCCUCGCAACUAUCAGUAUCGCGACGGUAUUCAACUUGUUUUCCUAGUUCUGCGCGAGCACCUCGGAGACGAAAAUCUGGAUCUUGCAGGGGGAGUGUUGUACGAAUUGAUAGAAAUCGAUUGCCAGCAUUCCGAUGAUCCAGGAGCCGAAUUCCAGCGUUGGAAAUACGACCAUCUUAACCGACAUUCCAAUCUCGAGUUACCUCACAUACCACACAUGUCCACAAUCACUACGUCCAUACGUCCGACGCUUUCUCUUGUGGAAUGGCGCCAGAAACAUUCAAGCCGCUAUCCCAUCAGACUUUCAGACCACUAUUUCUCGGCUCGCGCCAGCUCAAUUGAACCAAGCUGCAUACGCAGUCGUAAGGCCUGGAUGAUUGAUCAUACCAUGUACGUUUCAACUCGCGAGGGUGGUACAUGUGCCUUUCGCAGUCCAAAGCCCAAAGAGUUGCACGAAAUGCAAUGGGAUAUGGGAACCAUCCAAGCUGGUCGAUUCAUCAAAGAGGAGGAGGUCACACCAACAACCGCUUCAUUUCCAAUUUCAGAUCACAGGAACAGCAACGACAUAGUCGAAGCUGAUACAAGUCAAGCCAAAGCCUCGAAGAACAGCAAAGCAGGCCUUCUAUUGCGAGCUUUCAGGAAGAACCACAUUGCCCACAUACCUAGUGGUACCGAAGCGCAGCUAGACAACAAACGCCGUAGCUGGCUUACCAACAUAUUUGGCCUUGAUACCGUCCUAACACUUCGCGACUUUGUCGAGCCAAAGCAGGUGCCGCUUCCCGAUGGCUGCAUGACACCGCACGCCAUCUUCGCCCGGAAGUUUUCCUUGGUAGCUGACGGGUUACCUUUGCCGUCGUCUUUAUCCCGUGAGCUCAUGCCAACGGCAGACAUAAAGGCCAGGAAAGUGCUCGUGGAAGCUGCGGCGGAGGAUUUCAUGGAUCCAUCCUAG